AUGAGGAUCUCUACUUUCUGUACGGCCCUCUUGAUCGCGACGAUCUCGUUGUGCUCGCCGCUCGCUGCAAGAGCCAACGGCGAAGAAAAGGCGCAAGAGACCCGAAAGCUUGGGUUGUUCGGCAAUAGAGACUCUGAAGAAGAAGAUGACGGCCGAGCUCGAGAAGGUCCCGCUCGGCUAGACGCCUGUUCGGAAAGAUGUGAAGAAAAUGGCCUCUUUGGUUGCUACCAAUACAAGAUUUGUAAGGACAAAAAUCUCGAGAGAUGUUCGGAUACUCCCUGGUUGUAUCGAUCGGAUGACGGUUGGAGUUGUGGCUCUUGCCCUGAUGCCAGUGAUGAAACUCCCGCGCCUAUGCCAACAACGCCAAGACCUACGUUCCCACCUCUUCCUUCUGCGUCUCCCUCGGAAUCUCCGACACUUUCUGCAGAACCAUCUGCCAAUCCAACCAUUUCACAGCAGCCAACAGUGCAAGCAUCCAGACGAUGUAUAGACGAGACCACAUGGAUAGCUUUUCUAGGUGCCGACGAAGUAUGCACGUACGAGAAUGGAACACUGGAAAUCUACUGGUCACCAGCCGUGUCCUACUUGUUCGACGAUGAUGAGGUUGUGUUCUGUGGCAAUGAAACGUACGAUAUUUGGCUGGGUGGUUCAGAUUUUGACUUCGCUCGAGGAGUUUAUCUGCAUGAAGAUCUCCUCGAGUUGGUUGACCGUGGUGGUCUUAUGCGGGUUGAACUCCCAUAUACAGUAGAGGGAUUCUACAGAUGGCAAAACCUUGAACCUGGGGGAGAAUACAAUGUCCUGAUCACGUCGAAGAUCAUUUAUGAUCCAGAGAACAUCACGCUGUACUCCUACAACAGGCAGGGUAUGAAGAUUUCCACUUCAACAAUGAUGCCGCAGCUUGAAGACGGUUUCCCAGGGUUGAUAGCAGUACCACCCCCCUCAGAAACUUUGUCCAUUUGGGUCGAAAGAGAGCUUGGGAUCAUUCUCAUUGAAAGUGCUACUCCUGACGAUUUCCCUGUGAUCGUCAAGACCAAGUUCGAAGAAAAUAUGACUUUCUUUGCAAGAGAUGAUGAUGGUGGCCAGGUGAUGGGGCGCUUAUUGGACGAGGACUUUCUUUUCUCCACCGACACUUGUCAAUUAUGGUUCUUUGAACCCAUUGACAUCACAGAUGUUUUUACUGAGAUUGAUUUCAUGGCAAUAGCCAACAACGACGAAUCGAAUGAAGUGUCUCCAGCAGCAAGGGCUGAGUUUUGGGGCGCCAUUGCUCGCUUUGUCAAACGAGUGGCCGAGAAAGUCGGCGAAGUCAUCAUAGAUGUAGUAGAGACGGUUGGUAGCGUGAUCAAGACAGCUGUUGAGGUGGCAAAGGGCAUCGGGCGCGUCAUCUUAACAGGAGACCCCAAGCAGAUCCUUAAGGACGUGAACGAGUUGGAACUUGGCUCUCUAAGCAUUCAGGUUCCGGACUUUGACCGGGCUUUGUUUUGCAAGGGUGAGAAGAAGAUUGGUGAAGACACUGGAGUAUCAUUGACGCUUGAGGGCAAAUUUGCCCUGGGACUGAAACUGGGUGCGCGUGCUCAAGUCGUAGCCACACUGACUGUUAUGAAGGAUAAGAAACUCUUCCGAGGAACCGUAAAGUUUUCGGGUGCUAUUGACGCAAAGAUAUAUGGCAAAUUGCAAGCUUCUGCGACCCUCAACUGGAAGCCCAAACCGAAGCAGCUCUAUGAAAAGAGUGUAUGGAAGAUAUUCAGCGUCGGUGUAGUCCCUGUGAUUUUGUCUUACGGGAUGAAUGUUGAGCUGAUUGCAUCUACCUCUAUGGCUCUAGAGGUUGAUGCCUCUUGGGAAGCCGAAUUCAAAUACAAAAUGGACUUUGGAGCCUCUCUUGAAUUACCUGACAACUACACCACUUUUUUCAAAGAGGACUUCACCAGGGACAUCAAAAACCCAAAAAUCCAAGGUCGAUUGAAGGCAGAGGCAGAAGUCGGCACAGCCCUGACCAUUUUUGGUCGAUUGUACAACGCCAUCGAGAUCGCCGUGAGAGGGCAGCUAUCGGUCACUCAAGAGAUGUCUGCGGCCACAAAUCUAGAGACCAUCGUGGUUGCUCCACCUUGGUAUCAGCUUGAGGAAUUCAAAACAGGUCUUCGGCUCAAGUUUGACCUUACAGGUGGAUUGAACGAAGCUUUGGUAAACUUCUUUGAGAAUGCUGUGGCAGCCGUAUCGGAUACGCUUGGGCUGACCAGUGACGCCAAUGACGACGAGAUGGAACAAGAGUUGGGGUGCAGAAUCGUGGAAGGUGAGGAUGCCCUCGGAGAGUUCGAUGAUGAAGAAGAAGAUACUGAUGAGGAAUCGGAAGAUCCCUUGGAUGAGUUCAUGAACGUCCAAGCCUUUGUGAAGUCCCUUGGGAAAACCAAAUAUUCGAGCUUGGCCAGCGCGAAUAUGUCGGUAGAUUCCUUGGCAGACACGUACAGUAUGGGAAAAAUGGCAAGCGCGGAGGAGAAGGCACAGUACAGAGAAAGGCUCAAAAGCACGAUCAUGGCCCAGGACAACUACGGGAAGAACAAGAACACCACUGAAAAAAGGGCGGUAAUUGAAGAGAAGUUUGGUGGCAAAUUUGAAUUGAAACUGUAUGAUAUGACUUGGUUCCUUGUGGCUUUGCCAAAGAUCAAGGUGGAACAAACACCUUCUGAUCCGCAAACUUGCCAAGGAGAGGAAGCUAUUGGGUUUGAUGUUUCGGUUACUGCUGAGCAGCCAGAUAUUAUUCUAUCAAGCUUGGGAGGACUGGCAGACAGCAAUGAUGCGGUGUGGUAUGCAGACUUUGAGAAUGAGCUCUUCUUUCGAAGUUCUCCAUGGAAAUUGCGAAAGCUCAAUAGCACAACCACACGCGUUUACCUAAAUCGUGAAGACACCAUGGAAGACUAUGCCAUGCCAAGCGACGAAGGCAGCCUAUACGUACGACACACUCCCAAGCUCUUUAGUUCGUUCACGAAUUCGUUGUUCGCCAAGAGCACAUUUGAAGACAUUCUCAAAGACGUGGAGGCGCCAGAUGCUUUUGAAUGCUGCGAUGACGCUGACUGCGAGCGGAAGAAUGGUGAAGGUUCCACUUGCGAUGACGACAGCAAAUGCAGUGAGCCGUCUUCUGGCGGCCGCACCCGCAAACGUAAACUAGCCUUGAAGGACUUUGCUGUGGAUGCAGAUGGUUCCAAUGAGCACCAGGGCACGGGUAAACGGGUGAAGAGGAACUUUGUCCCGCAGUACUAA